AUGGUAGAAAACAGACGACCUGACAGUAUUCGUCAACGCUGCAAACCCCACAGAGUCAUCGUUAAGGUUGCAUCGACUAUUACAGGAAGAGAACGAUGGAAUAGGGGUUGCGGGGUCCUUUCCGAUCCCGGACAGCGAAUCGGUGUUGUCGAUGGCACUGUUCGAACGGCCCACCGCGGUACCACAGGCGGGCUCAUCCGCUGUGACCUUCUCAGAGUGAUGCCUAGUAAGUUGCGGAACGAAGUUGCCGAGGCUGGGGUGCAUGCCAUGGAUCGCCGCGUGCUCGUGGCUACCAAUAAAGAAUUUGUAAUUAUCAAUCGGAUCGUCCGAGAUGCCGCGCGACUCCACAGCGUUCUUUCGCAACCCUGGAAGUGA